AUGCCAGGUACAAUACCUGAAGAUUAUAUCUAUAAGAGUAGAUAUGUUAAUAAAAGAACGUCACUUAAUGUCAUACUAAUCCCAAAAGGAGAGGUACUCGUAUUUCUUACACUUGAUCUUGAUUUUAAACACCAGACUGACCCCACUCUGGAGGCAUUGCCUGUCUCGCAUUCAUCCAGAAGAAUAACAUCAAAAGCGACUGUAGAGAGGUACGGUCUCUGGUAG